AUGCCAAAGGAGUCUGGUUUAAUCAAUAUUGAGUCCAUUCCUCAUGAUGAUGAGUCUCCACCACAAAAUAUUGACCCAAUGCUUGAAUGGUUUCAUCUUUUGGUAUCAAAAAAUUUGACAAAAAUUGUUGAGAAAUUAUCUGAUCCAGAGUACCCUGUGAAAGUUCUUGUUUUCGAUUCGAUGGCAACUUGGGCAAUUGAUCUUGCACAUCAAUUAGGACUAAAAGGGGCUGCUUUUUUCACACAAUCUUGUUCUCUUAGUGCCAUUUACUAUCAUAUGGAUUUAGAGACUACCAAAGUUUCUUUGGAUGGCUCUGAUGUCUCUUUGCCUUCACUUCCAUUGCUAGCAAAGGAAGAUUUGCCUUCUAUCAUCUAUGAUACUGAUUUGUAUCCAACUCUUAGAGGACUUAUCUUUAGUCAGAACAUCAAUUUCAAGAAAGCAGAUUGGCUUUUCUUCAACACAUUUAAUGCAUUGGAAAAGGAGGUAGUCGAUUGGAUAAGGCCUCGAUACCCAAUCAAAACUAUCGGACCAACUAUUCCAUCGAUGUAUCUUGAUAAGAGACUAAAGGAUGACAAAGAAUAUGGUUUGAGUCUCUUCAAGCCUAAUAGUGAAACUUGUAUGAAGUGGCUAGAUUCAAAGGAAAUUGGCUCUGUUGUGUAUGUAUCAUUUGGAAGUUUAGCCAGCCUUGACGAACAACAAAUGGAGGAGCUAGCUUUGGGAUUGAUAAUGAGCAAAUGUUACUUCUUGUGGGUUGUUAGAGCUACAGAAGAGAAUAAACUCCCUGAGGAAUUCAUGUCCAAGUUAUCGGAGAAAGGACUAAUGGUGAAUUGGUGCCCUCAGCUUGAUGUAUUGGCUCAUCGAGCAAUUGGAUGUUUCUUUACUCAUUCUGGAUGGAAUUCGACUCUGGAAGCAUUGAGUUUGGGAGUGCCAAUGUUCUUUCUAGAGGAAAAUCGAUCUAAAUCAAACCAUGAAUUUGUACAGGUAGUCGAUUGGAUAAGGCCUCGAUACCCAAUCAAAACUAUCGGACCAACUAUUCCAUCGAUGUAUCUUGAUAAGAGACUAAAGGAUGACAAAGAAUAUGGUUUGAGUCUCUUCAAGCCUAAUAGUGAAACUUGUAUGAAGUGGCUAGAUUCAAAGGAAAUUGGCUCUGUUGUGUAUGUAUCAUUUGGAAGUUUAGCCAGCCUUGACGAACAACAAAUGGAGGAGCUAGCUUUGGGAUUGAUAAUGAGCAAAUGUUACUUCUUGUGGGUUGUUAGAGCUACAGAAGAGAAUAAACUCCCUGAGGAAUUCAUGUCCAAGUUAUCGGAGAAAGGACUAAUGGUGAAUUGGUGCCCUCAGCUUGAUGUAUUGGCUCAUCGAGCAAUUGGAUGUUUCUUUACUCAUUCUGGAUGGAAUUCGACUCUGGAAGCAUUGAGUUUGGGAGUGCCAAUGGUGACUAUGCCUCAAUGGUCGGAUCAACCAACUAACGCGAAAUUUAUUAGUGAUGUAUGGCAAACAGGAGUUCGCGUUAAGGUUGGAGAAAAUGGUGUAGUUAAUAGAGACGAAAUCGCGAGUUCCAUAAGGGAAGUCAUGGAGGAAGAGAAAGGUAUAAUGCUUAAAGAGAAUGCAAUGAAAUGGAAAAAAUUAGCUAAAGAAGCAGUAGAUGAAGGAGGGAGUUCUGAUAAGAAUAUUGAAGAAUUUCUUUCAAACUUGUAAUGCACUAAAUUGAGUAACAUAUUCAUAAAACAUUUGCUUUACCAAUGCUUCAGAAUUUCUAAUUUAAUUAUUGUUUCAUGUUGUUUCAUAAUGUAUCGUAAUAAAAGGUA